ACCAGUGAAAGUUAUUGGAAAUCAUGAAGGGAAAAAGUCUGAAACAAAAAAGAAGAAAAAGAUGGGAGUUUCCAUGGAAACACCUACAGUAUGUGAACAACAAGUUAAGGUGAAAUCUGACAAGGAUAAAUAUGAUUUCAGAUGAGAAAUCAGCGAGUGUAGCUGCGAAUGCUGUCGAGAUUAAGUCAAAAAAACUUACAAAGGAAAGAAAAAGUAAAAUCUUUGAACAUUUAGAUUCUGAUUGUGAACAACAGAAUGACAACAGUGUAAAAACAUCAAUAAUGAAAGACUCAUUGAAAAAUUGUGAAUCAAGAAAUCAAGUGAAGGAAACUGAAGAAAAUAUGAGUAUAUUGGAUUGUGAGAAGUCAGCUCACAAAUCUGAAGUCAAACAAUCAACUAAAGUAAAUAAAGCCAAGAAAGUUAGAAAACCUGCAGCAGUAAGAAAGAUGGAAGCUAAAUUAAAAAUUAAACAUAAAAAUGAUAAUGAAAAGAGACUGGAAUCAAUUCGUGAAAAGCAACGAAGCACUCAGAAACAGAAGUCUGCCAUUCAGGAUGCCUUGGCUUCUGUCGAUUCCAACAAGAAAAUGGGACAGUAUAUUGUGUUUGAUUCAGAUGAAGAAUCUGAAUCUGAAUCUGAACCACAACCACAACCACAACCACAACCAGAAUCAGAAUCAGAAUCAGAAAGUACUGGUACCAUUGAUCUGAAGGACACAGAUGCAGUUUCCGCUGGUGAUGCAGAAGACUUGAAGAAAACCAAAAAGACGAAAGAUGCCUUAACAUUAUUUGAUAGUGAUAGCAGUAGUAAUGAUGAUGAUGAUGAUGAUGAUGACAGCGAUGAAGACAGAUUUCAAAUUAAACCACAGUUUGAAGGAAAAUCAGGUGGCAAGUUGAUGAGUUUACAGAGUAGAUUUGGAAUGGAUGAAAGAUUUAAAAUUGAUGAAAGAUUUCAAGAAAGUGAUGAAGAAGACAAAUCUGAAAAAAUGAAAAAUAAAGAAGAUUCAGACAGCGAUGCUACAGAAAAUGAAGACUAUGACUUGGUGAAAGAAAAGGCUUCACAGCUUUCUAUCUUACAAGACAUUGUUGGCACCAAAGCACUACUCAAAUUUUCAGCAAAAUCAAAAGGCUCCUUCAAAGACAUGGCUUCAUUACAUUUUGAUCCAACACGAAAAGAUCACAGUGAAUUUGAAACUAAGAUAAAAGAUGAAAGAUUGAAAAAGAAGGACAAGAAAAGUGAAAAGAAAAAAGAUGAAGAAGAUCCUCCAGAAGUGACAAAAGAUAAAUAUUUUGAAGUUAGUGAAGAAAUAAAAGAUGGAUUCAGUGCUGAGAAACCAUUCUCGUUUUCAUUUUUACCUGACGACGGUCAGCAAACAGGAGAUAAAAUGGAAACAGAAUAUACCACUUCAUCUGUCUCCAAAUCACCAUGGCAACCCAAAUUAUUUCGCUAUGACAGCACUGAUGAAGAGAUUGAGGAAGAUGAUCCUAUAGAUGAGACUGUAUCUAAGCAACACUCAAAUGAGACAGAAGAUAAAUCACAAAAUGUAGAAGACAAAACCUCUCGACCGACAUUCUUCUUCCAUCUAAAUGAUCCAAGAUUAAUUGAGGGUCCAAAGUUGUUUUGUAGACCAAGCAAUGAGACAGAGAUUACAAAGAAAUGGAAAGAAACAAUUCCUCUCAUUCAGGAGGAUUAUAGAAAACGUCAUCAAGAUGCUCUCAGAAGAAUAAAGAAAGCUGCCAAACAGAGGAGAGGCAAGAAAUGGUAGCUACAGCAACUUGCAUUGAUCUUUCAACAUUUAGAUUUACUACAAUAACAUGGUUUAUCACAGACUUUCGGUCAACCUUUCAUCGCAAAUGUCUAUCGCCUCCAACCUCAUCUGUAAACUC